ACUCAUCAUUGAAAUGGUGAGCGUUGUUCGCGUUCAAGUAUAUUGAUUAGUCUACAAUCUGCAGAUCGUGUUCACAAAGUGUUACUUCGAUCUGCACCACUGUUCCUUGAAAAGCCGGCUGAUUACGUCGUGUUAUCAGUUUGUGUGAGGAUCAAUAAGGAAAAUUGACCGUAUAAAUUGUCAAGCAGUUUAGAUUUCUGGACAAGUCACCCACGAGUUAAAUAACACCAGUUCAACUGUAGUUGUGGGCCUAUACUAACCCACACGCAUCGUAGAACAAGAAUUAGGAACUCUUGCAUUGUACGGUGCCUCUGCUUCCCGCUGGCUGGGAAUAGAGAGGAUUUUUAUGACUAUCACAGAAAUGGGUGCUUGAAAAGCUGAAACCAUGGCAACACCGGGGGACAAUAGCCCCAGUAGCCAACAGGCUGGGCCUGCAUUGAGUACAGCCUUGAAGGCUGUGGUAGCCUUGUCCUUGAAGACCAGGGACGACGACAAGAAGCUAGAGAAAAAGCCAUCUAAUACCAUGGCAACCAGCGGCGGUGUUGUAACCUACGGCGUCAAACUUGAAAGCCGGCUCAACAUUAAGGACCUUCAGCACUUGAAGAGGGCGUUUAUGGUACAUGGAGAUGGUUAUAAUAACAGGCUGAGUGUCGAAAAGGAAGAAUUCUGCAAUCUGCUGGACCGGAUCUUGACCAAAGGGAACCCAGACGAGUAUGCAGAUCUGUUCGAUAAGAUAGAUGUUACCAAGGAAGGCAAAGUUGAUUGGGACAAAAUUGCCUCCCAUUUACUGCUGGAGUACGUUGAGAAAGAUGACCGAGUCAAAUCAACUCAGGUCCCUCAGUGGAAGGACAUCAAGAUACUGCCCAGCCCUCACAAGGACGUAGUGCAGAAAGUGGCUUUCCUUAAGAACUCCGGCCGUUACAUCGCCAUCAGCAAGGAAGGGGGCAUAUCGACAUGGGACACCAGACUUCACCUUAUGAAGUCCAUCAGGAUAAACAACGAUGCAGUUAAGCCCAGAGAUAUGUGGGUGACCACUUUUGUUGUAUUGCAGAACAUCAACAAGAUAGCUCUAGCAUUCACGAGCAAAGAAAUCAUUUUCUACGAUCUGAGUUCCAAGCUGGAAUUCAACUGCCAGUACAGAGUCUAUGGCCUGGAGCACACUCCACUUAGCAUGGACCACUGGAGUAACCCAAACAACUCUAACGAAGCCAUCAUCGUGAUGGGAGACACAGGCGGCAAUGUGAACGCCUUCAUGUUUACCUCUGCCAUCAUAGCACUGUUCGACAGACCCCAGCAAACCACAGGAGAAGGGCAAGAGCAAGUUGUGAAUGUGAACUUCAAACAUCUGCUGAAAGACAGGUUCAAGUAUUGCCGGUUAGUGCGGCAUAACGGCCACCAGGAAUGGGCCAGACAAGUGAAAUAUGCUGUUCAUUUAGACUGCUUCAUAUCCUGUUCCACCACUUACCAGAGCGCCAUGGUGCUGGGCUGGAUUGAGAAAGCAAGACAGAAAAUGAAAACGAGUUCCUUCAACAUUGCCCAGGGAGUAAAUGCCUUUGACUACCACGAGGUUCUCAAUCUCAUCGCCACGGCAGGUGUCAAUCACCACGUCUGUUUAUGGAAUCCCUACGUUGUCUCCAAGCCGGUUGGGUUGCUGCGAGGUCACAUGGCCCCCGUCAUGCACGUGCAGUUCAACCACAGCAGGGGCCAGCUCAUCAGUUUCUCCAAGGACAAAGUGUUGAGGAUAUGGGACGUGCAGCUCCAGGUUUGCCUGCAGAGAAUUGCCGGGACGUUCCCCAAAGGACCUGACUUGACAACACACCUGUUCUUUCACGAGGAACGCAACCGUCUCUUCAUGACCUUUAACUACCAGAUGACCUUGCUGGAAAUGAAGAAAGAGGUCAAAGACCGUGUCCUCAGCCAUGAGAAGCCCAUCGCCUGUGCCAUCUACAGCUCUACCUUCAAUCAGGUCGUCAGCGCAUGCCAAGGGUCGACUGUCAACAUGUGGCUGCUGGACACCGGUCAGAAGGUCAAACAGUUUAUCAAUUGUCAUGGCAACUCAGAGAUCACCACACUGGCCCUCGAUCACAGUGAGACAAGGCUGUUCACUGGGAGCACGGACGGAACUGUGAAAGUGUGGGAUUUCAAUGGUCAUUGCCAUCACACACUGCAUGCGGGUAUGGGAGAACCAGCUGACAUCUCACAGAUUGUGGUUCUGAAGAGAAACUUCAUCAUCAUUGGUUGGAACAGGUGCAUCACGGUCUUCAGAAAUCAGCAACUCACUCAGUUCCACGUACAGCCUUCAGAAUGGAAAGGGGGUCAGGAGCACCACGAUGACAUUUUGGCCGCUGCCUUCUCGGCCCCUCACACCCUGGCCACGGCGAGCUACGACGGAGAAAUCAUCAUAUGGAACUCGGGGUCAGAGGUCGCAUCCAGGCGACUCCGCCAGCGGUACCUGAAGAAAGGAGUCAAGUCCAGAGCCGGGACACGAUUGGGUUUGAAGAAAGAAGGCACUACCCUCUCAGUCACGCCAUCUCAGCCGUCUGCAUCCCCUCAUCAGCUAGAAUCCCAGAGCCUGGCCUCGGCACUGUCCAGGCCUCCCGGCCCAGGGGAGAGCACGGAGGGGAUCAAGCCGCAAAGACCCCACUCCAGGGGUAGCGAUGCUAGCGAGGAUGAGCAGAAUGAUUUCAUCAUCACUCGACUGGUUUUCCUGGAUGCGAGGAAGGGGCAGUCGGCCUCCGGGGGUGCCAACCUGGUAUCCUGCGGCGGGAAUGGUUGGGUCCGAUUCUGGAACACUGCCAAGAACUCACUAUUGGCCGAGUACAUAGCACACAAACAUGUGUCAUUUGUCGUCAUGGCUGUGAGCGAAAACAACCACACUUUGGUGACAGGAGACACAGACGGUGCCAUCAAAGUCUGGAAUAUCCAGGAGUACUGCAUGCUUCAGCCAGAGACUAUCGUCACAGAACCACCACCUCUUGUCGCUUCCUGGCAGCCCCACGCUGACAUGAUCAGCAGCCUCAUAGUGUGUGAGAGGAACGAUCGCACACUCAUCAUUUCCUCCUCCACAGACUGUAGCGUGCAGGUGUGGGACAUCUAUGGCAUAUGCAUCGGCACAUUUGGCCAGGAGGAUCACUGGAAGAUCGAACCCUUCUGCCCACCCCCUGAGGUCAGUCCUGAAGAAGAGGCAGAGUAUUCAGACAGCGGCGAGUCUUACAGCGGUGAUGCUGCCGAAACCUUCCAAGAUGUGAUGACUGAAGAGAUGAUGGAGGGCUUGCUGGAUCCACUAACAAAGGUCAACACGUGGGAGAAGACCAGGCUCGGCAAGGAGUACCAGGAGCUGAGGAGCAAGAAACGAGAGCGUAAGCAGCCGGGGACCAUCCCUGAGCUGCCCUACCUGCACUGGGAGAAGAUCCCGGCAGCACCGGCACCCAUGGGCAAUCCAGCCGGAGGGCCGUUUGCUCAGCCUCCUGAGAAGAUAGUCCUUCCUAUGUGGACCCAGGCAUUGACUGUGCCCGAAUUAGACGAAGUUGGGACGUUAAGGAAGCCAGACUUCAUCACCCAUCCCCACCGAUACUUCCGGGAUCGAGAAGAUGUCAACAAUGCAAAAGUACUGGAUAAAGACCCGGAAGAAAUCAUAAACCUGAAGAAUGCCUAUGACGAGCGCAGUCUCUUCCCAAAGUACAUCCUGGAGUUUGAGGCCCGCAUGAAGACACAGCACCGUGAGGAGCUGGAAGCGUUGGGGGGCGGCGGCCAAGGCGUUGGCAGGGGGCGUCUCACCCACCGCCGCUCCAAGGCCUGGUCCAUGGUGGCCAGUCAGAGCGGCUCGGUGGCUGGCGUAAAUGGGGGCGCGGCCAAAGGCGGAGGAGGUGGAGGGAAUGGACACAGCCGACCCGUCCGGUUGUCGCCCUUGCCAGAGGGGAAACGGCCCAAACCACAUGAGAGCUUGCCUUGACCACGAGUCACGCACGACUAGCUUGUGGGGACCACUAUUGUAGACCAUCCAUUUAAUGUUGCUUGUCGCAUUUAGUCUGACAUAGCUCACAUCCAACUUACUUUGCUGUGGCUUGCAAUAACACAAGCAGUUAUGGAAGCCCCUAGCUAGCGGCUCCCAUAGAGGAAUGUGUGAAUCUUAGCCUCAGCCAGUUUAUGGGGACAUAGAGAUCACUGAACGUGUGUUAUUACCAUUGUAACAGUUUCUGCGAUGGUGAUAAUCUUGGGCCCUGUUUGUUUUAUGUAAGUCAAUAGCAGCUGUGGAUCACGUUUAACUGAUCCUGCUCCCAGCUUGGUUCACAAGAUCAUUGGAUCUGGAUCAGGCUCUGUGAUGAAACAAACGGUCCCAUAUAGCUUUCACUGAACCAUCCUCUGAUCGGACCAUUCCCUUCACAUUUGGCCAAUAUUCAGCACUAGCAUCUUAAAAGGCUCUGUUGCCAACAGUCAUGGCACAGGGUAAUUUGUAGCAUGGGGUUGAAUAAGAGGCUAGACUGGCAAAAGUUGCAGUAACUCGAUCAGCAGUGCACACAUCCGGAUCCCGGCUACUGGCAAAUCUCGUGUAAAGCUAGGCCUAGGUCUGUGCUGAUUGAGGCACAUUGGCAGGUGUUGAGAGACUGGAUUCAGCCACAGGCUGUUUCUAACAUGGCCUUUCUUUUCUUAGAGGCAGCUCCACUUAAGAUCCAGCUCGGUGAUUUUGAGCAAAAAGUGGAUGACCUGCAAUUUUUUUUCUACCCUGUCCAUUUAAAUAGUUUCUUUAACAUUCAGAGAUUUAAAAAAAUGUUGAAUUUGAAAUUAUUCUUAUCAGAUUAUUGGAUAAAACGUAAGGAUAUUUUCAAAAACAAGUACAAUCUUAAUACACUGGCUUUCCAUUUGUUCUAAACAAAUAUAUCAUAAUCAUUUAUGCAUAAGACCAAGCAAGGUCUGUUUUUCCAUGACGGUAAAUAUCAACUCAGGUCUUGGUCCAGUGAACAAAAUUUUGUAAUGAAAAAUUGAAGGUUUGUUUGUGUAUUGUUUUCCAUUGCACAAGAUUUGUUUUGGUUUUAGUGGGUUUAUCAAAUGUUUGGGAUAUCCCCUGCUGUGCGUUAUGUGUUUCUUUGUUCCAUAUGAUCUGGAGAUCAAGCGGCUUUAAGUGGAAAGUUUGUGGGACUUGGGUCCAAUUUGUAAAAUUGGGCCAGCCGUGUUUGAUUUUAUUUCAAUAUAAAUGAUCUGGUCUUAAAUCUGAUCAUGUUUUUUAAUCAUAUGCAAGAGUAAUGCCUUUGGUAGCCAAUCCGUCCAGUUUGUACAUCUCUUUUAAAAAAUUUGUUAGACAUUGUAAUUAAUUUUGAGUGAAGAAUCUAGUUGUAAGACUAAUUUAUGUACAGAGCUAAGAGUGUGAGUUAUGAGGCAUGUACUAAUACAAAGAAACUUGUGUACAGCUAAAAGUUGCAAGUUUUGUGUCAGCUUUCUUA